GUGGCUUCAGAGUUGGAUUACCGGAUUCCUGUGCCCAGCCUGUGUACUGUACACCUGCCGGGUCCUCGGGGUGCAGGUCUCACCUGUACACUGAACUUCUGAGACCUUUCACACUUUGUUUAGCUACUUGAAGCUUUCCAGACAGACUAUCUGUGGAAUGGCAGAGUAUUGCACAUUCUCAGAGCAAAGUCUUGCUGUACUCCAGCGGCACAGAAACACGUGAAGCUGUUUUCACUUAAUCCUGCGGGACAGAAGACUACAGGGAAUCUGCUUUCAGAAAUGACUUAGGAUUGCUGUCACUUCCAGUCUCUCUUCCUGCCCUCCGUGCUCGGCUGCAAUUUGUGUUUUUUUCUUUUUUUUUGCUUAUUCUCAUUCCAUCGUCGCCGUAAUGUCAUGCAGCCAAUAGCAUCCCACCUCUGUUAGGAAUCUCCAGCCGCAGCUUCCGAGACCUCUGAUCGCUUUAUGCAAAGCACCAUGAAGAUUUUUGACAAAGUGAAGCCCCGAAACCUGCCCAGGAAUAACUGGCAAGGGCAUAUCCAGGACCCAGCGGGCCAGCUACUAACGUGGAACAAACCACCCAAAAGUGUGCUGGUGAUCAAGAAAGUCAGAGAUGCAAGUUUACUGCAGCCCUUCAAGGAUCUCUGUGUAUUCCUUAUAGAGCAAAAGAACAUGAUAGUCUAUGUGGAGAAGAAAGUGUUGGAAGACCCUGACAUUAUUAACGAUGAGAGUUUUGGACCAGUGAAAAAAAGGUUUUGCACUUUUCGAGAAGAUUUUGAUGACAUCUCUAAUCAGAUCGACUUUAUUAUUUGCCUUGGGGGAGACGGUACCUUGUUGUAUGCAUCAUCGCUUUUCCAGGACAGUGUCCCUCCUGUGAUGGCGUUUCACUUGGGAUCACUGGGGUUUCUCACCCCUUUCAGCUUUGACAACUUCCAGACGCAAGUCACUCAGGUUAUAGAAGGUAAUGCAGCCCUGGUCCUCCGCAGCAGGCUAAAAGUCAAGGUGCUCAAGGAUCACAGGGAGAAGAAAUCCUUGAUGCAGAAUGGACUGGAGGAAAAUGGCCUAAUUGUCGGCAAACCUGAGAAGGAGAUGAUCAAACAAACAAAGUAUCAGGUCCUGAAUGAAGUGGUAGUGGACAGAGGUCCUUCUUCUUAUCUCUCCAAUGUGGACGUCUUCUUGGAUGGGCACCUCAUCACUACAGUUCAGGGAGAUGGGGUCAUUGUGUCUACGCCAACAGGCAGCACCGCUUAUGCAGCCGCAGCUGGAGCCUCCAUGAUUCAUCCUAAUGUACCUGCCAUUAUGAUCACCCCGAUCUGUCCCCACUCUCUUUCCUUCCGGCCAAUUGUGGUCCCAGCAGGAGUGGAACUUAAAAUCAUGCUAUCCCCUAAUGCACGAAACACUGCUUGGGUCUCGUUUGAUGGGAGAAAAAGACAGGAGGUUUGCCAUGGAGACAGUAUUAGCAUCACUACCUCUUGUUACCCUGUCCCUUCCAUCUGCUUCCGGGAUCCGGUUAAUGACUGGUUCGACAGCUUGGCUGAGUGUUUGCACUGGAACGUUCGCAAGAAACAGAACCAUUUCACGGUCGAGGAGGAAGAGGAGGAGUUCUAGCCUUGGCCAUGACUCAGAGACUCAAGUCAACGGGGCCCUCAGCAUUUUCCAUUUACAGUGAUCUUUUCUCCUGGCCCUUCUUAUGGACAAAAGACCAAAUCUGUCAGACGUGUUUUUAUGAGCUACCAGCUGCAAGGUUCUGACAACCAGCUUCUGAUAUUUAUCAAACCUAGCAUUCUCUCUUAAAGUUUUAAGACAGAAGUUUAUAUUUGUGUUUCUUUAUAAUGAAACUUUAAAAUGAAAAUAACUUUUUGCUGCCUGCAAUCUAUAGGGCCUGAUUUAUGAAACAAAGAUGGGGGGGGGGGGGGAAAUCUGAUUCCUGCAGCAACCAAUCAGAUGCAACCUUUUUCUCUAGAGUAGAUGUGGAAAAUAAACGGAAAGCUAAGCUCCAGACAGGCAAAUGGCUACAUACAGUACACAGUUUAACUACAUAUAUGUAAACUGUCCUACCUGCCAAAAGAUUUGUACAGUAGCUCUGUUCUGCUAAUCUUGAGAUCCAGUUAACUCUUUCCUGCCAGACAGAACAGUCAGGCUGGUGACCUCACUUUCCCGACUUCAGUUCAGCAAUGUAGCUUUGUCACCACCCCACACCCAACCUGUUGAUUGCAUUAUGAAGAAGCAGCGGAAUGGUGACAAGGUCAUCUCUCUGCUCCUGUCUACAAGUUCGUGGUACUGGAGUGAGAGCACUGUGCAAAACCUUUUUCUCUUCCUGAGUCCUGUUGUGCAGGAAAAUACUGGAAGAUAUAUUUUAGUACAUUUACAAUGCAGUAUUUAAAAACAAGUUUAAUAUUUUUAAUGAAUACCUUGGCGUUUAGCUUUAAAGGCGAACGCAAAACUUAUAUUUCAUACUUGGGUGGUUGCUGGCAGGCUGAAUGAUCAGCAGACUUUCUACACCUGUGGGGUCCCACAGAAAGAAGCCAAUGGGUUCAUUAAAGGCUUAGCUCACAUUUUAUACCAUGUUUUACGGUGUAACCUAAAACAGCAUCUCAAAUCUCCUUUUCUGUACCUGAAUUUAUGGGGUGCAUCUCCCUAGGAGAAUCCCAUUUCUCUUUUUAAUUUAUUGUGGCUCUGCCUGCAUAGCUGCAUCACCCAUGCCUUGGACUGUUUCUGAACCUUACUAGGAGGCCCAUCUGCCACCACGGCACGUGGGACUGUAAGAGAGUGCAGGCGAUCCCACCUCCCUCACGGCUCUGUACUUCAGCAGCCUUAGCUCCAUGCCUCCGUACAAACCUGAGGCUGGGGGAAAGUUUAAAAGAGCUUGUGUACCUUCAACACACAGAUCGCAGGUGUAAAUCUCUGCAGGCUCCAUUGCAAACAAGUAGUAAAUACACAUUGAUCACGAGAUUAAUAUUGCUGUGUUUACUUUUUUUUUUAUCUGCCUGAAGACACCCACAGUUGAAACAUCAGCUUUAUCUUUGAGGUCUGGCUGGUUGCUGUGGGGAACACCUCCAAUUUUAUCCCCAUUUCUAGUAAAUUGGCCCCCACUGCCCUUUACAGUGCAGUUUGAUGCUAACAGCAACAUGGUUAUAUAGAGUUGUUUACAUUUUAUAAUUGUCUCAUAGAUGAAUUCUAUAAAAUAUAUUUGUUCUUCUAUCUCUCGAGGUUAUUUUGAGAAAUGUGUGAUUUUCAUACUUUACAUUCAUUGAAAAAUAACAUUUCCUUGUUCCAGA